CAAACAGAUAUUUUGGUUUCUACUCAGAGAUAAUAAGGUGGAAUUGCAUAUUCCCCUGAAAAGAUCACAGAUUUGAACUCAAACCCUGCCCACCUAGGCUAUUGAGAAUUAGCAAGAAGCAAGGACCCUUAGGUCAGCUUCGGAGGGAGUUGCUGCUGGUUACAGGGACAGUUUCAGACAUACACAAAACCAGAUAUGCCUUUGUGGUCUCAGUGGUGGAAGCCAUGAAGUUGUGUUGCAAAUGUGGUGUGUGUUCAGUUUUGCUUUCAUUUUGAAAGUGGCAUAUUGAGCCCCUUUAUCAGCAUAGAGAAAUUUAGGUUGGAAGGGACCCCUGGUGGUCAUCUGGUCCAACCUCCUACUCCAAGCAUGUUUGACUAGAUCAGGUCUGUAUUUGCUGAGGUGCAAGAUGUCUGCCCUGAGGCUGAUCUCUAACAGGACCUCCCAGCAAGCCUUGUCUAACUCUGAUUACACCUGGGACUACGAGUACUAUGAGUAUGGACCAGUGUCAUUUGAAGGCCUGAAGGCUCAUAAGUAUUCCAUUGUGAUUGGAUUUUGGGUUGGUCUUGCAGUUUUUGUCAUCUUCAUGUUUUUUGUCCUGACCCUGCUGACGAAGACAGGAGCACCACAUCAAGACAAUGCAGAACUUUCUGAAAAAAGAUUUCACAUGAACAGCUUUGUGGCAGAAUUUGGAAGACCUCUGGAGUCUGAGAGGGUCUUUUCUCAGCAAAUGGCUGAAGAAUCCCAGUCUCUUUUCCAUUUCUGCAUUAAUGAAGUGGACCAUAUGAACAAAGAAAAAGAGAGCCAGAAAGGUCCAAGUCUGGAGAGUAAUACCCACUUCCAGGAGGUUCCCAAGAGCAGUGGAAUGUUUGAGGAAGACCUACAUUGUCUUACAAAAUUUAACAUUCCUAACUUUGUGAACACUGAGCAGAACUCUUCAUUAGGUGAGGAUGAUCUCCUCAUCUCAGAGCCACCAAUCAUUUUAUAAAGCAAACUGGUUAUGCAAUCUUAACAUUGGAUCCUUGACUGAAAAGUCCUUUAAGGUAAACAUCCCCAUUAUUGUCCAGUUUGAAGCCUUUCUUGGCCUCCUGCUCUUUUGACAGAAAGCAUUUCAGACCUGUGCUUUUUAUUGUAUGUAAGACUGGCUGUACUGAUAGAACUCAGUUUAGACAAGAAGUAAGACACUGAAUGCUUUAUUCUGAUGCCUUCUGUGGUCUAAAACUUCUGCCCAGUAUUAUUUUUGAUUUUUUUUUGUUUGUUUCUUGCACUGUUCUUCAUUUUUAAACAACUACUUAUGACCAGCUUCUGAAGGAUAAUAAUUUACAAGGACUAUGAAGGCUGAGCCUGGCAUUGGGAGGUCUGUGAAAAUUCAUUGGCCAAGAAGAGUGUAAAUCUCAAAGAAGACAGGAAUAAACAGCCCCUGGGGAUGUUCUGUAGAUUCUGCUGCUCCCAAUAAGGAUGCCUGAAGCUGAACACCACAAUAAAUACCUGCUUGGGACUAACUUCAGUUUCUGAUCCCUAACUGCUUUUGGGUGCAGGUUAAACCCAAUUUACGAAGCUUCCAGAGGGAAUACCUUGCAAGUGAAAUUGUUUGGUUACAGUGUUUACAAAAUGCUAUCACCACCUGCUGCUGAGUAAAAACAAAUUGGUGCCUAUAAUUAUACUUCAGAGUGACACCUCAGCAGCUGCCCACAAAUUCUAAACACAAACUGUGAUUUGACUCUUUGUUUUUUUUCUUCCUGCUAGUUGCUGAUGUGAACUCCCAGUUCAGUAAUUACAGGAUUCAGUAGCUCAAUCACAGGAAAUAAGAGAAAACCUAUUUUUCUUCUGCCAAUAAAGUUACUACAUGCAAA